AUGUCGGAAGCACCGACGACACGUGCGGAUCCGUCACUCCGUAUUGUCGAUUUUUAUGCCCGGAAUCAAGGUUUACCAGAAAGCAAAAACUCUUUCCUUCAUAUACAAGAACCCCCUUUUCAUUUCUCUUUGUGCAACAAAACAAAAACAAAAGUAGUAGCUUCAGAUCUACCACAGUUCAAGAAAGAAAAAAACAUGAUUAACGUUAUGAAUCCGAUGAGAAGUGGAUCAGAGAAAGGCUUAGAUCCACAACUAUGGCAUGCAUGUGCUGGUGGUAUGGUUCGUAUGCCACCUAUGAACUCAAAAGUCUUCUACUUCCCUCAAGGACACGCCGAAAACGCUUACGAUCAUGUCGAUUUCAAGAACCUCCCUAUCCCUCCCAUGGUUCUAUGUCGUGUCUUAGCCAUCAAGUACAUGGCUGACGUUGAAUCUGAUGAGGUUUUCGCCAAGCUGAGUCUGAUUCCUCUAAAAGACAACGACGUUGCUGAUCAUGAAUACGGAGAUGGCCAAGAUAGUAACGGUUUGGAGAGUAAUAGUGAGAAAACGCCGUCGUUUGCAAAGACUUUGACUCAAUCUGAUGCUAACAACGGUGGAGGGUUCUCUGUUCCUCGUUACUGCGCAGAGACGAUAUUCCCGAGGCUGGACUACAACGCUGAGCCACCUGUUCAGACUAUUCUUGCGAAAGAUGUUCAUGGAGAUGUGUGGAAGUUUAGACAUAUCUAUAGAGGGACGCCUCGGCGUCAUCUUCUGACCACCGGUUGGAGUAACUUCGUGAACCAGAAGAAGCUUGUGGCUGGAGACUCGAUAGUGUUCAUGAGAGCUGAGAAUGGAGAUCUCUGUGUAGGGAUCAGGAGGGCUAAGAGAGGAGGGAUCGGUAACGGACCGGAGUUUUCAGCGGGUUGGAAUCCUAUUGGUGGAAGCUGUGGCUACUCUUCUCUUUUGAGAGAAGAUGAGAGUAAUGGUUUGAGGAGAAGUAGCUCUUCUCUUGCGGAUAGGAAAGGAAAAGUGGCUGCUGAGUCUGUUUUAGAAGCUGCUACGUUUGCUAUUAGUGGAAGAGCUUUUGAAGUUGUGUACUAUCCUAGGGCUAGCUCGUCUGAGUUUUGUGUCAAGGCGUUGGAUGCUAGGGCUGCGAUGCGGAUUCCUUGGUGCUCAGGUAUGAGGUUUAAGAUGGCCUUUGAGACGGAAGAUUCUUCGAGAAUUAGUUGGUUUAUGGGGACUGUUUCGGCUGUUAGUGUCUCUGAUCCUAUCCGUUGGCCUAACUCUCCUUGGCGUCUUCUACAGGUGGCGUGGGAUGAGCCGGACCUACUGCAAAACGUGAAGCGGGUUAACCCGUGGUUAGUGGAGUUGGUAUCCAACGGACACCCGAUACCGAUCCCUACGUUUUCGCCACCGAGGAAAAAGAUGAGGGUUCCUCAGCAUCCGGAUUACAACACUCGGAUCCCAGUACCUUCAUUCCCAAGUAAUCCUCAUAUCAGAUCAAGCCCGUUAAGCUCUGUUCUGGAUAAUGUUCCCGUGGGUUUACAGGGAGCCAGGCAUAAUGCUCAUCAAUACUACGGGCUAUCAACAUCUUCUGAUCUCCACCAUUACUACUUGAACAGACCACCACCUCCUCCUUUAUCAAACCUCUCUGUUCCUCCACCGCUAGGGUUUCGAAACAUCGAUAGUAAAAACGAGAAAGGAUUCUGUUUUUUGACUAUGGGAAGAACAUCGCCAUGUAGUGAUACAGAAUCUAAAAAGUCACACAUUGUGUUGUUCGGAAAGCUCAUACUACCCGAGGAGCAGAAAGGGUCAACGGAUAGUGUAGAGAAGACGCAGAUUUCAUCAGGCGGAUCGAACCAGAACUGUGUUGCUGGUUCUUCGUCAGAGGAAGGAUCACCUUGCUCUAAUAAAGCUCGUGAAGCGUUGGGUUUGGAGACGGGGCACUGUAAAGUGUUUAUGGAGUCAGACGAUGUGGGUCGAACCUUAGACCUGUCGGUUCUUGGCUCGUACGAAGAGUUGAGUAUGAAACUCUCUGACAUGUUUGGUAUUCAAAAGUCUGAGAUGUUGAGUUCUGUUCUCUAUAGGGAUGCGUCAGGAGCUAUCAAAUACCCGGGAAACGAACCUUUCAGUGAGUUCUUGAAGACAGCUCGGAGAUUGACGAUUCUGACUGAGCAAGGGAGCGAGAGCGUUGUAGUAUAAGCUUGGCUGAGUGUGUUAAGUCAAAGCUUCAAGCUUGAAGUUCUUAAAAAAUAAUUAUUUAUUAUGGUUCCAUUAUUUUGGAUUAUGUAAUUUUCGAAAUAUAAAGUUAAUCUAUUUUCAAAUAAAUAGAUUCAUCUUUUCUUGAU